GCGGCGGCGGCGGCGGGCGGCGCCCCCGGGCAAUAUGUUCAAGAGAAUGGCAGAGUUCGGGCCUGACUCCGGCGGCAGGGUGAAGGGCGUUACCAUCGUGAAGCCGAUCGUGUACGGCAACGUCGCGCGGUAUUUUGGGAAGAAGAGAGAGGAGGAUGGCCACACUCACCAGUGGACGGUGUACGUGAAGCCGUACCGGAACGAGGACAUGUCUGCAUAUGUGAAAAAAAUUCAGUUCAAGUUGCAUGAAAGCUACGGUAAUCCUUUAAGAGUUGUUACCAAACCACCAUAUGAAAUCACCGAAACAGGCUGGGGUGAAUUUGAAAUAAUCAUUAAGAUAUUUUUCAUUGAUCCAAAUGAAAGACCUGUAACUUUAUAUCACUUGCUGAAGCUUUUUCAGUCGGAUACCAAUGCCAUCCUGGGGAAGAAAACUGUAGUUUCUGAAUUCUAUGAUGAAAUGAUAUUUCAAGAUCCUACUGCAAUGAUGCAGCAGCUGUUAACAACGUCUCGUCAGCUAACACUAGGUGCUUAUAAACAUGAAACAGAGUUUGCAGAUCUUGAAGUAAAAACGAGGGAGAAGCUUGAAGCUGCCAAAAAGAAGACUAGUUUUGAAAUUGCUGAGCUUAAAGAAAGACUAAAAGCAAGUCGUGAAACCAUCAACUGUUUAAAGAAUGAAAUCAGAAAACUUGAAGAAGAUGAUCAGUCUAAGGAUAUGUGACAAGUGCUGACUUGAGUGUGUACUGAAAAUGGAAAGAUUUCAGUCAUGGAAUUGUAUGAGUUCUCUUCAGUUCUGUAACUGAGACUAUGAGAAUUUCACUGACAAAUGAUUGAAGUUUGUGGCAAUCAACUCCAUAAAUGGAAGAAAAAAGAAAGAAUGUAUCCUUGUUUUAUAGUUAAAAUCUGUGGGUACUUAACGAUUUUUUUCAAGUGGAAGUGGUCUUGAAGACCAGACUACUUUUUCUUUGAAAACUGCAUUUGAGUCGUGUAUGAAAACUUUGUAUUAAGUCUUGUAUUAGUUCAAUGUGAUUUUACAAAAUGCUGGUGUUUACUUUUUUUACUUUUUUUUUCUACUGAUUGUUUAGACAUGCAUCUUUAAAGCUAAAAAUAAAAUAUGCAGUUUUUUAUUUUA